UCGGUCGGAGUCGGAGUCGCAGUAGCGUCGUCGCAACACAGAAAUUGAAGCUGGAAGCUGAAGUGAAGAAUAAAAAAUAAAAAAAAACACAACUGCUGCAGCCGUGUGCAACAAUAACAAUCAAAAGCGUAUAAUUUUUUAUGAAUGUGUAGAAAAAUCAAAGCGCGCGCGCAUAAGUGUGAGUGUGUGAGUGCGAUUCAUUCAUCAGCACACAGCAGCCGCAGCAGCAGCAACAACAAUAGCACAUACAAUAAAUAAUGCAGUCGCAGUAAGCGUCAACGUCAAACAUCAGCAGUGUGCCCCACGAUCACUUCGCAUGCGAAACUCAACGAGCGCGCAUCAUAUAAAAAAAAACUAAAAUAAAAUAAAAUAAGAAUAACAAAUUCAAAACGGUGGCCGGAGUAACGAACUAAGCAACAAAAAAAGAACUAAAGUGACCGCCCCAUAAAAGCGACUGCUUGUGUGCAAAAGAUAACCGCAGAACAAACGGUAAUCGUGGUAAAGAAGCAGCAACAGCAACAACUUCAAAAGCCAGCAGCAAUCCGUAAUUGAAAUUGAAUUAAAGUAACGUGCAAAAAAGUACAUAAAAGGAAGCGAGCGAUAAAAAAGAAAUUAUGCUUUAUAUUGUGCAAAGAGAGAGGUCAAACAGCCGUCAGAGUAGGAACUUUGCUUAAUUGCGCUACCAAAAGCGAACCAAAUCUUAAUUACCGCGCACCAAAAUAAAAAAUAUAAAAAGCGUUGCAAAUGCGCGUUAACCGCAGCAACCGUUAGUUAAUGCGAGCUUUAACGCACUGCACUAAUUCUAAGCAAUCAGCGUUUUAGGCUAAAAGCAAAAAAAAUACUACGAAAAAUUAACUUUCUUCCAAGUUCAAGUCGUGAAGUCUCGCUCUGAUCUGAACUUGAGAAGCGCCAACAACAGCAACAGCAACUGCUACUAUUUCAAUUGUUAACGAGCGAAAGCGUCACGCACACACACACACGUACACAAAGUACUUUUGUCUAGGCAGGAAAGUGCUGCAGUUUGGGCCGCCAGUGAAAAUGAUGUUGCUGUUGUUAUAUCCCAUCUAUGGCCUAAGCCUGAAGCUACAGCGCCAGCUGUUCACAAGCUCAUUGCUGGCAUUUAUGCUAACGGCAACGCUUACUAAUGGCGCCGUAACAGACUCGCCCAUAAAGAUUAUUAAGCUGCCAGCACAGCCGGCGGUCAUACGUUAUCGCAAUGCGGAUGCAGCGCCAGAUUCACUGGUCAUUAACUAUCGCCAGGAUGCGCAGCCAGAGCUAUCGGCCACGUUGUAUCAAGCGCCAGCAGCAGCAACUGCAGCGCUGGAGAAUCUGCUGCAUGAGGAGGCGGAGCAGCAGCUGGCAUUGGGUGUAGGACGUCAGCAUCGCGCUAGUGCCAGCGCCGCUGCUGGCAGCAGCAACAGCUGUCCACGCUCCUGUCCACCCAGCGUAACAGUGGGCGCUGAGCCUGGUGUGCCGCAGGAUGGUUUGAUCUAUGCCAAUCUCUGUGAGCUGCGCAAGAAAACUUGUGCACGCAAUGGCGUCUCUUUGGUUAAGGAUGUGCGCGAUGGCUGCGAGCGUUCCAAGGGCUCGGACUGCAAGCAUCGCUGCAGCACGGAGAAGGAUCCGGUUUGUGGCACGGAUGGACGCACGUAUCUGAAUCGCUGCAUGCUGCGCGUGCAAUCGUGCCGCGUGGGUCUGACCGCUGUUAAGCUCUCGCAUGUGGGUCCUUGCAGCAAUACCAGCGCACAGCGUGAAUCCUGUCCCGUGGACUGUAACAGCGCGCCCAAGGAUGGACCCAUUUGUGCCUCCGAUGGCAAUGUCUACAACUCCACGUGCGAAAUGAAGCUGCACACCUGCGGCCAGGGCGUGGUCAAGACCAGUCGCAAGCACUGCCAGUCGACGCGCAUGUGCCGCGAGUCCUGCUGGCGUGUGGCAAGACCCACAUGCGGCUCAGAUGGUCGCCUCUACGCCAGUCCCUGCAAAAUGCGCUCCACCAAUUGUGGCAAGCACGUGUUCGAGGUGCCGCUGUCCUUCUGCAUAACCCAAGAGCGUCAUGGCAGCCAGACGACCGAAACCUGCCCCACCGAGUGCCCCAAAACGGAGGCAGACGCCAGCUCACAAUAUGUUUGCGGCAGCGAUGGCAACAUUUACUCCUCGCUCUGUGAGCUCAAGAUGCUCAACUGUGGGCCACAACGCAAGUCCAUACAGAAGUUAAGCAUGGACAAGUGCAAGAAUCGCUUGAGUCGCUGCAAGCAGCUGCCGCCCUGCAAGGACUUUAACAAUUUGUUUGGCUCCAUCUUCAGUUCGCGACGCAAGGAUAAGCUCUGCGGCACCGAUGCCAAGACCUAUAACAAUGAAUGCGAGCUGGCGCAUGCCACUUGUCUACGCGGUGUGAAUCUGGCGCAUAUUGGUCCUUGCACAGAUCUGAAUACGCCUGUCAAGGAUUGCGGCGAUGCCUGCACACGCGCUGAUCUGGAGCAGCAGCCCGUUUGUGGCUCGGAUGGCAACACCUUUGCUUCCAUGUGUGAGUUCAAGCGACGCACUUGCAAUCUGCGUGUGGUGCCCGUUUCCUUGAAGAAUUGCGCGCUCACCGCUGGAUGUGAAUCGGAUUGCGAUGGACAGCCGCCGAGCUUUGUCUGCGGCUCGGAUAACAAGUUCUACAAGUCGGAGUGUCAUAUGCGCAAGGAGAAUUGUGGCAAGCAUGUGUUUGUCGUGCCGCUGAAGCGUUGCCUUGCCGCCUUCCAGUUCAAGGGCUGUGCACGCAUCUGUCCGCGUGAGUUUGAGCCUGUCUGCGGCAGCGAUCACAAGACCUAUUUGAACGACUGCUUCCUGGACAUUGAGAAUUGUCGCACCAAUAGCACAGUGAUUGUGCAACACUACGGCGCCUGUGGCCGCAAACCGGAGACGCCAUCGACCAACUAUCUCUAUUAAUUAAGUAUGGAAAUGUGUGCCGCAA